CGGCCCCGCCGCCAUGGAGCCCGUGGGCUCCUGGGGCCCCGCAGAGGUGGCCGCCUGGCUCCGAGGGCUGGAUGCAGCGGUGCAGGGGUACCCCUUCGAGGCCUGGGAGCUGGCAGGGCCUGACCUGCUGGGGCUGGAUGUGGAGGUCCUGGAGGCACUGGGUGUGUGGCCCCUGGGGCACCAGGAGCUGCUGCUGGAGGCUGUGGAGCAGCUCCGUGAGCUGGAUGCAGGGCUGGCGAGCACCAGCCUGCGGACCCUGACAGAGAGGCUGCAGGAGCUGGCACAGGGCAUCCAGAGCCUGGUGCUGGGAGGGCUGUCGGCAGGGGAUGCCCCCCAGCUGCCCUCCCUCACCCUCCUGGCCCGAGUCAUCGACCUGGUCGGGGCUGCCAAGGGACUCUUCUCCUGGCUCAACAGGUACCUCUUCUCCACCCUCAAUGACUUCUCAGCCAGCCAGGACAUCGUCCUGCUGUGUGCCCAGCUGGCAGAGACGCUGCAGGCGGAUUGUCCCGCAGCUGAGAGGGACAGACAGAUCCUGCAGAUCUGCCAGCACAUCGUGGGCAUCUGCGAGAGCAUCGUGGGCUGCAGCCCCCCGGCACUGCUGGACCGCAGGGCUGUGCUGCAGGAGGUGGGGCUGGCGCUGCCCCCUGGCCCAAGGAGCAGCCCCCCGAGGUCCCCCAGCACCCCAUCGCUGCCCCCAGGCCUGUGGCAGAGCCCCCCAACAUCCCCUGACUCGCCAACGCUGCCCCUCAGCCCAUGGGGGAGCCCCCCAGUGUCCCCUGACACCUCAGUGCCACCCUCUGACCCCCUGACAAUCAUCACCACCCCGCUGGGCUUUGAGAUCACCUCCACCAGCUCCUGCCUGCACUUUGUGUCUGCCACCAGCUCGGAGGUGAGCGAGGGGCUGCCCCUCCCUGUCUGUCACCCCCCCCAAGCCCUGGCUGCCCACGGGGGGCACAUCCUGCCCGGGGACGAGAUCGUGCAGGUCAAUGAGCAGGUCGUGGUGGGUUGGACACGCAUCAACCUGGAGAAGAAGCUGCUGGAGAAGGCAAACGAGGUGACACUGGUGCUGAAGAAGAUCCCCCUUGACCUGCACGGCUCACCCCCCUCUCCCAGACAGCAACUCCCAGGAGCAUUUUCGGAUGCUGCGGAUUCCCCCGGCACCAGGAGUGGCGAAUGCCCAGGCAGCCCCGUGUCCCUGACCUCCAGCGUUGGUGCCGACUUGGACUCAGGGCCGGACUCAGCGCCGGAUCCCGUCACUGACGAGGAGGAGGAAGAGGACGAGCAGGACCUGAGGCUGCCCGGGGCGGCCGUGGAGGAGCUGCCGGGACUGUCCGGACGGGGUGCUGCAGAGGAGGAGGAGUGGGAGAGUGGCACCCCCUUGGACACCCCCUUGGACACCCCACUGGGCACCCCACCGGGCAUCCCAAACUCUCCGGGCAUCUCUGCUGCCACCAGACCCUGCAGCACAGAGCUGAGCCCCACGGCAGCCCCCACCACGGGGGCUGGGGGUGCAGAGCCCUGCCAGCUCCCUGGGGAGGGCAGCCCCCAGAGAGGACGCAGACCAAAAGGAGUGGCGACCAGGCUGAGCCGCCGGCGGGUCUCGUGCCGGGACCUGGGCCGGGUGGACUGCGAUGGGUGGCUCCUCAAGAAGAAGGACCACGUGGGAUUCAUGGCCCAGAAGUGGAAGCGGUGCUGGUUCGUGCUGAAGGGCCACACGCUCUACUGGUACAACCACCCCAACGAUGAGAAGGCUGCAGGACUCAUCAAUGUGGCCACCUAUGACCUGGAGAGCACGAGGGAGCAGAAGAAGAAAUAUGUGUUCCAGCUGUGCCACCAGAAGUACAAGCCCUUUGUCUUUGCUGCCGAAACCUUGGCUGACCUGAGCAUGUGGGUCAGUCGGCUCAUAACAGCCAAAACAAAGUACACACUCGCCCACCAGUCAGUCCCAGACAAGGAGGAAGACUGCUACAGCGAGACAGAGGCUGAGGACCCUGAUGACGAGUCCCCCAGGCACGGAUGUGACUCGCCGAGGAAGAGGCUGCAGAACCCGCCGGACAAAGCCCAGCUCUCCCCGGCCAGCGGCGAUCAGAAGAGCAAGUUCUUGGAGACUGACUGGAAAACACCCACGUUGUCCGUGAAGUCCCAGAGCCGCGUCAGUCGCUGUCCGAGUGUGGCCGACAGUGGGGAUGGGGGCAUUGGGACCUCCUGCUCAGACAGCACAGAAGAUUUUUGCAAUUCCAGUAACGGUUCCUCAUUCCACCCCAUCAAAACCCAGGUGACCAUUCCAACAGCCCACGUUAUGCCUUCCACGCUGGGUGCCUCACCCUCCAAGCUGUGCUCUGGAGGAGACCAGGGCUGUUCCCAGCACGUUUCAAAGUCUGCUGUGCCAGGAUCUGCCUCUGAACACUCAGGGCUCACGAGGAACGGGGAUUUUAACGCUGGGAAGUCGUCUCAGGUGCCACCCAGGGAUCUCCUGCGGCUCUACGGGGCUUCAGGGGAAAAUGGCUUCGAGCAACCCUGGCCUCCUGCUGCUGAUGCCAUGAGAACAGAAGACCCUUGGAAGUUUGACACUCCUGCCAUGGAGCGCACCCUGAACCAGUCUCUCUUUCUGGACAGUUUGUGUGCUGACCCUCAGCACAGGUUCCAGAAGCUCAGUCCAAACCCCGAGGCAGGGAAGGACCGUUUUAAGGUGCUGCCAGAGAGCAAACAAGGGGCAGGGCCCAACGGAGUCUGCGAGCCCCGGGACGGGACGUGGCCGAGCGGGAGCAGAGCGAUGCCAGCGGGACUCCAGGCCAACAAUUUCUUCUCAAAGCCUGUAGUGACUCCUCCAUCCCGAGCAUGGGUGCCAGAAGGAUGCACCCUCCACCCACACAAGGGGGUCUGUGAGCUCAAUGCUUGGAAACAGCAGCUGGACAAAGUGCGACUGCAGGUGGAGCAGAUGCAGUUACAAAAUGGAGGCACCUGCCCCCAUUCCUCGAUGUACUCUCCAUCACUGCCUCCACCUGACCCAGCCCAGUGGAUCAAUAUCCUGAACUCCAAUGAAAACCUACUCAAGGAGAAAGAGCUCCUCAUUGACAGACAGAGGCAGCACAUAUCCCAGUUGGAGCAGAAGGUCCGGGAAAGUGAGCUGCAGGUUCACAGUGCCCUGCUGGGCUGUCCAGCAUCCUAUGGAGAUGUCUACAUGCUUAGGAUGCAGGAGCUGCAGAGGGAGAACACGUUCCUUCGAGCACAGUUCACAGAGAAGACUGAGUCCCUCAGUAAGGAGAACAUUGAACUGGAGAGGAAGCUGGCUGCUGCAGAGGUGGAUGUGAAGCUGGCCCGGGAGUCACUGAAGGAAGCUGUGCAGAAACAUGCAGAGGAGUUAAAGAAACAGGAAGAAAGGGUAAAGGGAAGAGACAAACACAUUAGUAACCUUAAAAAGAAAUGCCAGAAGGAAUCUGAACAGAGCAGAGAGAGACAGCAGAGAAUUGAGACCCUGGAACGAUACCUGGCUGAUCUGCCCACCCUUGAGGAGCACCAGAAACAGAGUCAGAAGCUGAAGGAUUCUGAACUGAAGAGCACUGCUCUGCAGGAAACAGUGCUGGCACUGGAAACAGAGCUUGGAGACAUCCAGGCUGCUCUGAGGGAGCAAGAGAUGCAGCUGGAAACCCAAAAACACAAGGAGAUGGAGCUUCUUUCCACUGUGCGCAGCUUGCAGGAUAAGCUGCAGCAGUGUGUAAAGAAUGCAGAGAGAGGACCCACUGCCCAGGAUGGGGAGAGAAAGAAAAUGGAACAUGACUCUCUGAAGAAAGAAUGCGACUGCCUCAAGAAGAUCGUGGACAAAAAGCAGAAGAAGAUGGAGCAGUUAUCCUUGCAAGUAAAGAACCUGGAAGAACAGGUGGCUCAGGAAGAAGGGACAAGCCAAGCUCUGAAAGAAGAGGCAAUGAGAAGGGAGAAUGCACUGCAGCAGCUCCGGGCUGCUGUGAAAGAGCUCUCUGUGCAGAACCAGGAUCUGAUUGAGAAGAACCUGACGCUCCAGGAGCGGCUGCGCCAGGCCGAGCUGACAGCCCAGCCCCUGCCCACUGACACAGCCCGCCUCACCCAGGAGCUGCAUGGGGAGCUGGCCAUCUGUCUGCAGGAUUUACAGUCUGUCUACAGCAUUGUCACUCAGAGGGCUCAGGGCAAGGACCCCAACCUCUCUCUGCUCCUGGGCAUUCACUCUGUGCAACACCCUGUGAAGGAGAAGGAAGACUUGCUGAGCCCUGAUGGACUUGCAAAGAAAGUGGUGGAGGUAAAACAGCUUCACAAAGAGGUGGAGGAGUUAAGGACUGCGAUAUCUGACAGAUAUGCUCAGGAUAUGGGAGACAACUGCAUCACCCAGUAAAGAGCACUCCCCAAAGUAAGACAGGACAUGAAGACUUGAAACCCUCAGGAGUCUUGAGCUCCUGCAACCCUAAACCUAUUCAGCACUUUACCAUCUCUCUGCUCGGGUACCAGAGAUGUGACUUAUCUGAUCUGUGAGGGAUCAGGGGGUUUGUUGCCAGAAGUGUUCAGCUGCUGACUGGAAUCGUUCAGGGCUUCAGUGUCGGGCUUUGCAGUAGCUUUGAUCUUGUGGAAUGUGUUUUAUGCUGUGUUUGCUGGAGCUGGUGUGGUCUCUGAUGCUGGGAGAUUGAAUUCUGACUUGCCUUCCGGGCAUGUCAAAUGCUGAACGUGCAAAUGUGACAGUUAAAAUCAUCACUAAAAGGAAAUGUAUGCCCUGGUAUUUCUGAUAACUUCCCUGUGCAGGUCCUGUGUGACUUGUGAGAGCAGAGGAUUCUUGGAGUGUUCAGAGGAUACCUGGAUUUUGUAGGCAGGCAGGUGUGCCAGGUAUACUGCUGGUAUUUACACUGAGGUGCUACUGGCUUGGAUUUAUGGAGCAGGACCUGCUUUCCUCAGGUAAAUGCAACCAGAGUCUUUCAGUAACCAGCAUGAGCUGGAAAUUAAAGCAACACUAAAAGACUCUGGAAAUGCUCUCCCUGGGCACUGUUACCCCAGAAGCCUUAAGCCUUUUGUCCCCCCCCAAAAUAGCACUGGGAGCUGGGUGUGAUUGAGACUGUAGAGGAAAUGGAUUGAUGCUGAAGUGCCUUAAUGUGCUGGAGAAACCCUCUGCCCCCAGUGUGCUUCGUGCCUAAUGCAUCUGCUGGCAGGUGAGGAGCUGCUGCUCCUUCUCACAGCCUUUUAGAGCCAUCCCAAACAAUCCUGGGGAGCCCUGAAUGUCUCUGGCCCCUGCCAGAGCUUCCAAGAGCCUCUGUGCCCCUGGGGACACACCUCUGGCUUGGCUCUCUGCUGCUUGACUGAGAGAAAGCCAUACUGGUCCUCAUGUGGGGGGAUGACACAGAGAGCUCUUCCUGCAAGGCAGUGGCCACUCGAGCUUUGUUGUAGCCCUGCUCCUCUGCAAGUAAUGGGAUUUCUACAUAAAUCAGUGAGGGAUAAGUUUCACUGCACCACAACCCCCCUAAACCAUAGUGACAGCUUUACAGUACUGAGCCCUGGCUUGUGACAGUGCUGUGGUGCUGAGGGUGGAACUUUGUUUGUGUUCAGCUUAAGAGCAAGAUACUAAACAGGGAAAAAUCCUCCUGAAACUUGUGCUGUUAGGUUGUUCUUGGUUCACGUUGGGGCUGCGAGCCCUGGGUGUGGCAGAAAUGCUUUUUUGUUAUUCCUUUGUGUUAAAUUUUUAAGACCAAAUCUGUUUUGUUUUUAGUGUUUGGCCACCACGGGUGAUGGUGGCAACGAAAUUGGUUGGUUUGUCCUGAGCUGCUCUCCCUGUAUCUGGUGUGUUACGUGUCUGGCUGUGUCUGUCCCCAGGCUGCUGGUGCCAGGUACUGAGGGAGCACAUUUCCAAGGCUGUUCCUUGAAGCCGUUUGUCCUGUCUGCCGGGAGCUCUGCUGUCUCCUGCAGGUUCUCAGGGUGCUGUUGAGCACCAUCCCCUUUGCUUUGGGGUGCAAGAUCCAGUUCCCAGGUGCUGUGUGAGGACAUGUUUGCCCUCUGCCCCUGCAGAGCUGGUUGUGAGAUGAGACUGUGGCUGAAACCACCUCGGCUGAUGCUUUUGGAGCAUCACCCUUGGCCAUGUGCCUGCAGUUGGGCUGCCCUGGUCGCGUGUUCCCCUCCAUGGGGACGUGUCCCCUCAUCAUCCUCCUGCACAGCUGAGCUCAUUUGGCUAAGAGGGUGAUCCCAAGUGCCCUUUGCUGCUGGUGCACAGGAAAUCUUGGACCCUUCACUACUGAACACCCCAGGCCAGGGGGGGCAGGAUGGUGUUCCCUCCCUGUCCCACCUUCCUGCCCCAUCCCCUUGUCCCGCGUGUGUCCCCCCUCCCCAGUUCCCCACUGCCCGGUCCCGUUGGGCUCAGUGUGUUUGUACCAGCCCGUGUCUUGUUGCUUGUUUGUACCGAAUAUUUUGAUUAUAAAAUAAAGCUGCUCUGACCCACC